AUGGGCGCAUCUUCCAAUACAGCCGAGCUACUGCUGCGUGUCUGUGCCGACAUUGCAGCACAGCUCGUCGACGCCCACGACCGCUCAGCAUCGGUCUCGUUGAAUCACAUCCGCACCACAACAUGCAAGAGAUACGGCUACAAUGGGGUCCCCAGGCUCACCGACAUCAUCGCUGCUAUUCCUGAAGCAUACCGCAAGGCGCUCGUGCCUGCCCUCAAGGCAAAACCCGUACGAAGUGCCUCUGGUAUCGCCGUUGUAGCCGUCAUGUGCAAGCCACACCGAUGUCCUCACAUCGCACUCACCGGUAACAUCUGCGUCUACUGUCCCGGAGGUCCUGACUCAGAUUUUGAAUACAGCACACAGUCCUACACCGGAUAUGAGCCUACGUCGAUGCGAGCCAUUCGAGCCCGAUACGAUCCCUACGAGCAAUCCAAGAACCGUGUUCAGCAGCUUCGCGAACUCGGACACAGCGUUGACAAGGUCGAGUACAUCAUUAUGGGUGGAACCUUCAUGUCGCUCUCCGAAACUUAUCGUAAUCAGUUUAUCGCCCAACUUCACAACGCCCUCAGCGGCUUCAACGGCCAAGACAUCGACGAAGCGGUCAAGUACUCGGAAAGGGCUCUCACAAAAUGCAUCGGCAUCACCAUCGAGACCCGCCCCGACUACUGCCUGAGGCCACACCUCUCCCAGAUGCUUCGCUAUGGCUGCACUCGACUCGAAAUUGGUGUGCAGUCCGUCUACGAAGACGUAGCUAGGGACACCAAUAGAGGACACACCGUCAAAGCUGUGUGCGAAACAUUCCAGUUAGCCAAGGAUGCUGGUUACAAGAUCGUCGCACACAUGAUGCCAGACCUCCCCAACGUCGGUGUCGAGCGUGACAUGGAACAAUUCAAAGAGUACUUUGAAAAUCCAGCUUUCCGCACAGACGGUCUCAAGCUUUAUCCCACACUUGUCAUUCGCGGCACAGGUCUCUACGAGCUGUGGAGGACAGGUCGAUACAAAAACUACACACCCUCGUUCUUGGUCGACCUCAUCGCACGAAUCUUGGCGCUUGUACCGCCCUGGACGCGAGUGUAUCGUGUGCAGCGAGAUAUCCCUAUGCCGCUUGUUUCGUCUGGUGUCGAGAACGGCAAUCUGCGAGAAUUGGCUCUGGAACGCAUGCGCGAUUUUGGUGUCACUUGCCGUGACGUUCGAUACCGCGAAGUAGGUCUGCACGAGAUCCACACCAAAGUACGACCGGACGAGGUCGAGUUCAUCCGUCGAGAUUACACGGCCAAUGGAGGAUGGGAAUCCUUCCUCGCCUACGAAGAUCCAGAGAAGGAUAUCCUCAUCGCACUGUUGCGUCUGCGCAAAUGCUCGGCUGCGGGAACGUACCGUCCUGAACUAACAAAGGAUGGUCAGUGCUCCAUCGUCCGCGAGCUCCAUACGUACGGAAGCGCCGUCCCUAUCCACUCCAGAGACCCGACCAAAUUCCAGCACCAGGGGUUCGGUACUCUGCUCAUGGAACAGGCUGAACGCAUCGCCAGGGACGAGCACGGGUCGCGCAAGCUCGCCGUCAUUUCUGGUGUAGGCACUCGAGAUUACUACAGGAGGCUGGGCUACGAGCUGGAGGGCCCGUACAUGGUCAAGAUGCUCGUUGAUGAUGUCGGUGAGGACGAUGCCAGCGAUGUCAGUGGACCCUUGUCUGACUUUUACUUUUAG